AGUAGUUUUUUGAAAAGUCAGUAAUCGAAAUAAUCAAAGUCGAUGAAAAACACACGAACGUGAAGAAUUGAAACAUUUUCGGAAUUUCCUCGGAAUUCGGCAGCUUCGUUUGUAACAAUUUGUAGCAACGGUCUAUCUUGUCUCCUUGUAUUUGCUCAAAUUGCGCUAUUAUUAAUCAACAUUCGCGAAAACGAGUCGCGUGCGCGCGCGUAUUCGUAAGGAGAUAGUGAAAAAGACCGGGACGGGGACUUAGUCGUCGUCUACGUAAUGUGAUGCAGAAGGAGGGAGAAGGGUAGAAGGAGAAAUCUCCACGCCUGUGCGAGGGAGAUGGUACAAAGGUGCAGAUGACAAAACCGAAGUGCCGGCGAGCCAAAUGCUUCAAUGCAAGCUGAGCUCUCAUCUGAGUCGCAUCCGGCGACGAGAGAAACCUCAUCACGGUCGCUCACACACGAAGCGUUUUCGUACACAAGGUCUUUUCGGUGAAAACGCGAGAGACAAAGAGAGGGUAUAUCCGCGUCGAGACAAGAAUAUCGACGACUCGCGCGUUCACGAGGAAAAAAGAAAAGGGGAUAAUAAAAAUUCGCGUGAGAGUAAUUUGUAAUCGCAAUCGGUGGAGAUCGAUGAGGAAAGAUGACACGACACAUCGAUUUCGAGGCGUCUUUUAUUGCCCUUCUCAUGGUGACGGUCCAUCUGGAACAGCUGGUUCUACACAAACGAGCGUUUGCCGUCGAGGGAAAAAUGGAGGACCGAUUUGAGAAGUGCUGCGAAUUGGGCACCUCCUGGGCGAAGGAAGGUCUGAGGUGCGAGAAGUUUACCGGGCCCGUGCCCGGUGUGCCAAGGGUCGAGCAGGGUCUUUGCCUGGAGACGGUAGACAUCUGCUGCAAUCGAGCUUAUCACGAGUUGCAAUGCGAAAAAGGAAAGUCCGACGCGCGCCAGGGCCUGGCGUGUGUGACGAGCACCUCGUCCAAAUCCAGGACACUCGGACGCGGUGAUUAUCACCGGGAUUGUUGCGAGGGAUGCAAGCUAGGUAUUCUCACGGGAUCGUUGGGCAAAGGAUGCUCUUUCAAGAGCUUCUCGUUCGGCGUUCCUUGGGAUCCCGCGUUUUUAGAGUGUUGUCGCGAAGCUUCACCGAGUUCGACGACGGAUCUCACAAGCGAAUCAUCCAGCGAGACCUCGGAAACCGACAUGGACUUCUCGUCACCGUCGUCGCCAUCGUCGUCGCCAUCAUCACCGGCUUCGUCGUCACCAUCAUCACCGGAUUCGUCGUCGCCAUCAUCACCGGAUUCGUCGUCGCCAUCAUCACCGGCUUCGUCGUCGCCACCAUCACCGGAUUCGUCGUCGUCGUCGUCCACUUCGUUUUCAUCUUCAUCACCUACUUCUUCGUCUUCGUCGUCGACUUCCGAUUCGUCCUCCACGUCGCCAGAAUCGACAUCGUAUUUGAUACCAACUCCAGAGCUGGACGAUAUCUGUGAGCUCAUGAAGGGUAUGCUGUGCUCCGACAUUUGCGUACCGACCCCGAGCUCGUAUUAUUGCAAAUGCCGCGACGGUUUCACCUUGUUGGAGGACGGGAAGACCUGCAGGCAAGAUCAGCCGAUCGACAGAUGUAAACCGACUCACCCUUGCGAACACCGAUGCACCGACACUGGAGUGGCGGUGGUGUGCAGCUGCAAUCCAGGAUACGAAUUGGCUAAGGACGCGCGUUCGUGCAUUUUGAAGUCAUCCAAGAAAGGAAGACCAACCACGAGCGACGAUGAGGACUCGCCGUUGUGUCCGUCAGGCUAUCGUUAUAAUUCCGCUAAUCAAGUGUGCGACGAUGUGGACGAGUGUCUGAUGGAGCGCGAGGUGUGUCCCGGAGGAGGAUGUCGAAACACCAUAGGGUCGUACGUCUGCGUCACGGGGAAAUCGAGCAAAAACGCGCUCUACGAGGCUUGUCCUCCCGGCUAUCAGUUGAACUUACGUACAGAUGCGUGCGAAGACAUCGACGAAUGUGCCGUCUUACCGGACGCUUGCGCCUCGGACAAGCCGUUCUGUGUGAACACGCAGGGAAGUUACGAGUGUCUGGAGAUGAUCGGAGCGAGAUCCUGUCCCGCAGGAUUCAAGUUCGACAAAUCGCUGCAGCGAUGCAAGGACGUGGACGAGUGCGCGGAGAAUAUUCACAGCUGUCUCGCAGACGUGGAACAGUGUCGCAACACCGAGGGUGCCUACGAGUGCGACGUGAAAUGCGAGAAGGGAUUCACGUACAGCAUCGGCCUGGGUAUCUGCGUCGACGUGAACGAAUGUGAGGUGAGCAAUCCUUGCACCGAUCCAGGCACGACGUGCCUCAACACCGACGGUGCGUACGAGUGUUUAAAAACUUCGACGAUCGCGAGAGAUCCUCCCGAUCGUCGAAAGACGGAAUCGCGAUCGAAUUCGGCGAGGAAUUGUUCCGCGGGAUACAAACCGCGACGCGAACCCGACUCUGGAGUAACUACGUGUGUUGACGUAGACGAGUGCAGCGAGCAAUUGCAUUCCUGCAAUGUUGACGAGCGUUGCGUCAACGAGAUCGGCAGUUACAGAUGCGCGCCAGUCAAAUUGGACAAAAUCACGACCGCCGUGGAAGAGAGCAACGACGAUCGGUACAGACGAUACAAGCUGGAAGAAACGACCGUUUCAGCCGUCGCCAAUAAAAUUGAGAAUUGCGACGACGGAUAUUUUCUCGAUGGAAAAUCUCACCGUUGCGUCGAUGUUGACGAGUGCGCCAACGGAUUGGCGGUCUGUGGAAUAGGCGAACGUUGCGUUAACACGGACGGUGGUUACCGAUGUUCGCCAACUUGUGCGCCCGGUUUUCGACUGCGCAACAACUCCCGCCUCGAAACCGAGGAAUUCUGCGAAGACGUAAACGAGUGCCUGCUCGGUUUGCACACGUGUAACGCUCGGACUCAUUACUGCGUCAAUACGAACGGUUCUUACGUUUGCGAAGCAUUGACCACCACCACCACCACCACCACUACGACCUCCAGGAUCAUAACGAGAAGACCGUUCGUUAAUUCACGAUACAAUAAAGUACAGGUGCCCAGAAGCAGCCUCAGCACGGAUCGUUAUUGGUCCACGGAACCGUGCAGACCUGGCUAUAAGAAAGACGCGAGUACGGGCUACUGCGUGGACAUCGACGAGUGCGCGGUCGGUCCGGGAUGUCGGGAUCACGAGAGAUGUACGAAUACACCGGGCGGCUACGACUGCUCGCCCCUGUGCAGCGCCGGCUGGUACUUCAGCACGACGACGAAGAGCUGCCAGGAUGUGGACGAGUGUCUGUUGGGCAGACACGAUUGUCCUCAGAAUACACACAGAUGCGUCAACACGAACGGGUCCUUCGUCUGCGAGGUAACACCGCCCUGCGGUCGCGGCUUCAGACGCGUCUUCAACGGCACUUGCCUGGACAUCGACGAGUGCUCCGAGAACCUGCACAACUGUCGGCUCGAUUUGCAUCAAUACUGCGCAAACAAGGAAGGUGGCUUCGAGUGUUUGACCAGACUGCCCUCCUGCCCGUCCGGAUAUCAAUAUUCUUUGAGCACCCGACGAUGCGAGGACAUCGACGAGUGUUUGACCGGACAGUACACAUGUGACGUGAGGUUCUCCGAGAGAUGCGUCAACCUUCCAGGGACAUACAGAUGCGAGAGACCGUCUCCUCCUCGCCAACGUCAGCGACCAGCGUGUCCUUCCGGUUUCCGAUAUCAUCCCCGUUUACGCCAAUGCACAGACAUAGACGAGUGCGCGGAAGGACUGGACAGUUGCGGCGACGAGAUAUGCUACAAUCAGCCGGGUGGGUACAGUUGUGCGAAGGCGCCCGUGCCCGUGACCAGAAGACCGACCACGACGCCGCUGCCGGCGCCGACGAAUCAAAAGUGCAUACGCGGCACCAGAUUCGUGAAAAAUCGCGGCUGCGUCGACAUCAACGAAUGCAGAGAGCUCGAGGAGGCCUGCAGCAGUAACGAGGAGUGCGUCAACACCAUGGGUAGCUACACGUGCAAUUGCAAGACCGGUUUCCGUCGUGAUAAUCUCACGCAGGCCUGCGUCGAUAUCAACGAGUGUCAGUUGCAGUUGAACGACUGUCUGCCAACGCAACGAUGCGACAACACGAUCGGCAGUUACACUUGCACGCGUUUUUUAUCUUGCGGCACCGGCUACACCCUCAACGCUGCUACGGAGAUCUGCGAGGACGACGACGAAUGCGCGCUAGGUACUCACGACUGCGGACCUGGAUACCAAUGUAGGAAUACCCUGGGAUCGUACAGAUGCGAUCGCAUUCCGCGUUCAUCGACUUCGCAACCGCGCUCGUCGCCAAUCACAAUGAGAACCACGAUGACCACGACGUCGCUGACUCCAACUAAUCCUUGGACAAACUGCACUAACGGCUUCGAACCCGGAUCCGGCGGCAAAUGCAUGGACAUAGAUGAGUGCCAGAGAACGCCGAAUCCUUGCAGGUUCGCGCAAAAAUGCGUCAACACCAUGGGAUCUUACAGAUGCGUGUCCGGAGUGAUUUGUAGACCCGGUUACACCCUGGACCCAUCCGGUCAGUACUGCAUCGACAUAGACGAGUGUCAGGAGGGCACGCACAAGUGCGGCAAGGACCAGGUUUGCGAGAACAGGCAAGGCGGGUAUCACUGCGUUUGCCCGGCUGGCUUCGCGAUCGGGCUCAACAAUGAUUGCGUCGACAUCAACGAGUGUAGCAUGCACACGGGUCCUUUCUCUGUUUGUGGAUCGAACAGCCGCUGCGAAAAUACCGCUGGAUCGUACAAAUGUUUGUGCAACGAGGGCUUUGAGAAUAUCGGAGGCGCGACAGGCGCCUGUUACGAUAUAGACGAGUGUCAAACGGCAGGGCUCUGCCAGCACGAGUGUCUGAACACGUGGGGCGGUUACAUUUGCACCUGCAAUCCCGGAUUCAGAUUGAACAAUGACAAUCGAUCUUGCACCGAUAUCGACGAAUGCACGGAGUUCAAAGAUAACAAUCUCUGCAUGGGCAUUUGCGAGAACACGCUCGGAAGCUACACGUGCAAGUGUCCCGACGGAUACAGACUCAGCAUCGACGGUCGAACGUGUCAAGAUAUCGACGAGUGUUCGAGCGGCCGCGUCUGCAGGGGAGCGGACGAGACGUGUCAGAACACACGCGGCAGUUACAAAUGCAAUCAGAUAAAUUGUCCUUCGGGAUAUUACCGGGAUUCCACGAGGAAAAACCGCUGCACGAAACAUUGUCGUGCGGACGACUUGGCAUGCCUUCGGCAACCCUCACACUACUCCUACCACUUCAUCACUUUCGUGAGCAUGCUGCCCAUUCCGUCCAUCGGUCAACUAGAGCUUUUUACGAUGAGAGGAAGCUAUCAGCCCGAGUCGACGAUACAAUUCAGCAUGGCACUGGUGGACGUGCGCGCACCGCCGGAUGUUGCACGCGCCACGGAAUCCUGUUUCGCCCUGAGGAGACCGACGCCCUCGCAAGCGGUCUUGGUGAUGACGCGCAGCAUCCCAGGGCCGCAGGACAUCGAACUGGAUCUCAGCAUGGAGAUCUAUCACGGCAAUCUCUUUGCCGGCAGUGCCGUCGCCAAGAUUUUCAUCUUUGUCUCGCAAUAUGAAUUCUAAAAUAAAAGUCAAUAUGUAAAUUGCCAAGAGCGUGCAAUUAAUAUUUUUUUCAACCUGUGUAUUUUUCUAUCUAUUUUGAAGUUUUUACGGCGUGGAUGUUUUUCAAUUCCCUGCUCAUUAACAAAAUGAAUAUUGAAAUAAGUUUAUCACAUGUAUCAGCGUCAGUAACACAUGUAUACAAAAACAAAUCAUGUACAUAGAUUUCUGUAAGUUAACGUACAUAAAAAGACAGAGAAAUAAACUUACAUAGUUGAAAUAA